AGCGGCCCUCUUACUUCGACAUCAUGGCGUAGCUCCGCGGACGGUCGAGGGGUAGCGGCUACUGGUGGGAGAAAUUCACAAACCGAGUGCUGUGGAGUUUGUAAAAAAACCGAAACCAGACGGAACGAACGAACGGAAAUAUUGCAUUUAUUUGAAGUGGAGUUUCGGAAUAUCAGUGACUGAAGAUGAUGUCUGAUGCCAGCGACAUGUUGGCCGCUGCCCUGGAGCAGAUGGAUGGCAUCAUAGCAGGCUCCAAGGCUCUGGACUACUCCAAUGGUAUUUUUGACUGCCAGUCGCCUACAUCCCCUUUCAUGGGUAGUUUGCGGGCGCUUCACCUUUUGGAAGACCUGAGAAGCGUCCUGGAGUUGAUGGACACAGAGGAAAGGGAGAGUCUACGCUGCCAGAUACCUGAUUCCACAGCUGACAGCUUGGUCGAGUGGCUCCAUGGUCACCUGUCCAAUGGGCACAUCUCUUUGAGUGGAGGUGACCACUACCAGGAAAGGCUUUCCCGACUAGAGAGUGAUAAGGAGUCUUUGGUGCUUCAGGUGAGUGUGCUGACGGACCAGGUGGAGGCUCAGGGAGAGAAGAUUCGGGAUCUGGAUAUAUGUUUGGAUGAGCACAGAGAGAAACUCAACUCCACUGAGGAGAUGCUGCAACAGGAGCUGCUGUGCAGAGGUGCACUGGAGAACCAGAAGAUCGAGCUGAUGUCUGAAGUGUCCAACCUCAAGCUGAAGCUGAACGGCAUACAGAAGGACAGGCUAGACUUUGAUGACAGAUUCAGGGACAGUGAGGAUUUGAUUCUUGAAAUUAAUGAACUGCGGUACAGAUUGACAGACCUGGAAAGUGAGAAACUACAGUAUGAAAAGAAACUUAAAUCUACAAAGUCACUAAUGGCCAAGCUUUCUAGCCUGAAAAUCAAAAUGGGCCAGAUGCAGUAUGAGAAACAGAGGAGAGAGCACAUACUCCAGGCUAUGAAGGAGGAGCUUGCCAUACUGAGGAGGCAGCUGGAGGGCAAAGAUGGAGAGAUGAGGAGGCUACAGGACGAUACGGGCUUCAAAGCCGUCUCCCCUAGCAGUGCAGAUCCCGCAGAGAGAGUCUCUCAUCCAGAUGAAACUCUUAGAAAGAGGCUGAAAGAAAAACAUGUGGAAGUGCAGAGAAUGAAAAAGGCAGUUGAGUCGUUGAUGGCAGCAAAUGAAGAAAAGGAUCGUAAGAUUGAGGAACUGAAGCAGUCGCUUUUGCGGUACAAGAAAGUUCAAGACAUGGUGAUGUCAGUGCAAGGAAAGAAAGAGAAGACGAAGGAUAACGAGCAUGUUGAGAGCCCUGGGGACGGAUCCGUUGCAUUCUUGUGUGCCAGCCCUGUGUCUGUGGAAUCUGAAAAGCCAGAAGUUACAGAUGUUGAACAACUGAAAAGGAAAAGCCCAGAUGAGCUGGAGAGCCUCAACGGACUGAGCGAAGAGCCCUCGCCUACUCCCAGCCCUUCAGAUCUAGAGCGAGUUUCAGAGUCUUCACCAACAGAUGCAGAAAGCAGCCAAGAUGCCGCCAAGACCGUGAGCCAGGACCACCUGGACAGGGGCAGUAAUGACAAGAGUACAAGUGAAGAGGUCAGUAAGAUGAGCGAAAAGCCUCCCAUCGGUCCCUCUGCCACACUGCCGGCCAGCACAGAUGACGACAGCUUCGGCUCAAGAAAGGCACGUUCAUCUUUUGGAAAGGGAUUCUUCAAGAUCCGUGGGGGAAAGAAGACGAACAGUACCCCUAACCUUGACCGCUGCAGGAGUGCGAGUGCGCCUAUGCUAGCUGAAACGGAGCGACAGGGCACCGACCAUCUGGAUUUGGCCGGGCUGCCACAGAGGUCGACUAACAGCGACAGCACACACACCCUCCCUACGACCCCAGAGAACAAGAAAAAAUCCAAAGGAAUAAAGAAACUCUUUGGGAAGCUAAAAAGAAGCCAGUCUACCACUUUUAACCUGGAUGAUAACCUACCAGAGGGGGAGUUCAAGCGGGGAGGAGUGCGAGCCACAGCAGGACCCAGACUGGGCUGGUCUCGUGACCUCCAACGAGUUAAUAAUGACGUGGACGCUCCUUUUGCGCGUUGGUCAAAGGAUCAGGUCUGUGAUUGGCUGCAGGAGCAGGGUCUCGGUCUUUAUGUGAACAUGGCUCGUGUUUGGAUCUCCUCUGGACAGACGCUGCUGCAGGCCUCACAACAGGACCUAGAGAGGGAGCUGGGCAUCAAACACCCGCUGCACAGAAAGAAGCUGCAGCUGUCUCUGCAGGCCCUCGGCUCAGAGGAGGAGGAUAAUAAGGGAAAGCUGGACUACAACUGGGUGACAAGAUGGCUGGAUGACAUCGGAUUGCCUCAGUAUAAGACCCAGUUUGACGAAGGGAGGGUGGACGGUCGCAUGCUGCACUACAUGACAGUGGAUGACCUCCUUUCUCUGAAGGUGGGAAGUGUCCUUCAUCACCUCAGUAUCAAGAGAGCUAUUCAGGUUCUCCGACUCAACAGCUAUGAGCCCAACUGUUUGCGUCGGAGGCCAUCAGACGAGAACAAUAUUUCGCCUGCAGAGAUUUCCCAGUGGACCAACCACAGGGUGAUGGAGUGGCUGCGGUCUGUGGACCUCGCUGAAUAUGCUCCUAACCUGAGAGGCAGCGGCGUGCAUGGAGGCCUAAUGGUUCUGGAGCCACGAUUCAACGUGGAGACCAUGGCUUUGCUGCUGAACAUCCCCCCCAACAAGACUCUCCUGCGUCGCCACCUUGCCACACAUUUCAACCUGCUCAUCGGCUCAGAGGCCCAGCAGCUCAAACAGGAGUGUCUUGAAAACCCAGACUACACUUUGCUUACUGCAACCACUAAAGUCAAACCAAAGAAACUGUCAUUCGGUAACUUUGGCAGUUUGAGGAAGAAGAAGCAGGAAGAGAACGAGGAGUAUGUGUGUCCGAUGGACGUGGAGAUGCCAAAGGGUCGAAGCUUCCAGAAAGGCUUCGAGCUCCAAAUCUAUGAGGAUGAUCUUGACAAACUAGAACAGAUGGAGGACUCUGAGGGAACUGUGAGGCAGAUUGGAGCUUUCUCUGAGGGUAUUCAGAAUCUGACGAGCAUGCUGAAAGACGACGAAUUCUUCAAAGAGAUUUCAAAUUCACCGAACCCCAGUGUAACAGACGACGACUCCAACGCGUGAGACUGUCGGCAUCAGACCUGGUCCUGCUGUGAAUGAAACUCUGUGCCAACCUUUUCCACUUGCACACGUGUCCCAACAAAUCCCAAGAAUGCUCCCUUUUUAGUGUCAUGUUCAACGAAGAGCCAAAAGUAUUACAGCGUCAGUCUUUUUGCGGGUUUUAAAUGAUGGUGUUGUGAAAGCGGCCACCAUUACUCCUGAACUUUGCCUCCGUUUCUGUCGUCUGAUGUCAGAGGGAACGCUAAGGACAACGCCACUGCUCGCCUGCCAGCUGGUUUCUGGAGAUGUUUUGUUCUCUGUGUUUGUGACGGAACUGAAAUGUUAACCAGCAGCGAAUGACAUCUAGAGAAUAUAGAUUUAAUAUAUGUCUUUGGAAUCGCCUUCUGACUGUAGAGAUGUUGCAGAAAAGAGAUGAACUUGGUAGGAGUAGAAGUUAAAUGCUGAGAAUAUGUUCCUGUUUUUUGAAGUUAGUGUAAAAAUAAUAACUCCAAAACAGCUGCUAUGUUUUCUACACAACUGAACCCUGCUAAUUAAAUGAUAAUGGUCUUAUAUUUUAUCUUUUUCUGAAUAUUUUCAGUAGUACUCCUGCAUUUGCACAUAUACAUAUACAGUACAAAGCCUAAUGAAUAUCAUUGCAUGGAACUGAAAACCGACACAUUCGUGUAAGAGCUUGUCAUAGUUUUGUUUUGUUUUUUUAAACCAAAAAACAAUUUUAAAUGGGAACCUGCUGGCUGACACAUGGGGAAACGUGGCAUAUUCAGAUUUGUAAUGCAACUCGACCACACCUGAAAAAAUAGAUUGUAUUGUUGUUGUUUUUUUUACACUUAUCCAAAUAUUAAGAUCAAUAAAGUGAUUUAAAUAAG